AUGGAGGUAAUCAAACCUAACCCAAUACUAAAAUUUCAUGAGAAUCAUUUACAAAAUGUUCGCAAGGUACUUGGGUAUGAAGACAUAAACAGACUACGGCAGGAUAUUGAACAAUUCGAUGAGUGGAUUAAAAAACAAAGUCAUUUCAGGAUCAAAGAAUUUGACCGUGAAUAUCUAGAGCGUUUGUUGAUAUAUAAUAAAGGGUCUAUUGAAAGAGCCAAAAAGAAAUUUGAUAAACUGUGCACAUGUACUAAUUUAAUGCCGGAUUUCCUCAAAGGAUUCGACGUUAGAAACGAAUUCGUACCUCUCUUUAAAGUAUACGAUACUUGCCUGCUGCCGACUCCGACAGAGGAUAAUUACCGCGUGGUUUUAGUCCAAGCUACUGGCGAAGAACAUGAUGAUUUUGAAGUUAUACUAUUUUAUAGAUAUUUGAUAGUGAUUGGUCAUUAUCUCUUGACACAUGACUACUGUCAAGGAUUCGAGAUUGUAGCAGAUUUUAGAAAAUUAACUGCAAAAACUGUCAGGAAGGGUAAUCCAAUCGUUGUACACAAGGCUCUCACACUUCUCACGGAAUGUAUGGGUCAACGAAUGAAAAAAAUACAUUUCUUUAAUAAUUCCAAGUUUUUUGAAGCCAUGCUCUUCCUCAUCAAACAGGGCUUAAGUUCUAAAUUAAAAGACAGAGUUGUGAUACAUUCGUCAAACGAAGAAUUGUACAAACACUUGCCCAGGGAGAUGCUAGCUAAGGAGUUUGGGGGAGAUGAAAAAUCUGUGAAAGAGUUAGCUGAGAUACAAUUUAAGGAGCUGAGCUCAGAUGCUAAUAUCGCGAAAUUAAAAUUUAUGGAGGAAGCGGCCACAGAUGAGUCUUAUCGACUUCCAUGCACAUUUAAUGAAGAAUAUUCUGGAGUUCCCGGAUCUUUCAAAACUCUGUGUGUUGAUUAA